AUGUCGUCCGGUUCCGCGGCUCGUCAGCGACUCCAAGCUCUUAGCAAGCAAUUGGUUGAGGGGAUCCCGGAGGAAGGUACAUUUGAAGGCAUUCCCAAAAUUCGCCAUGUCGCCUCAAACUCGGCUGGACCUCGAGCUCAGGGCAAGGUUGUCAUCGUGACUGGUGCCAACUCUCCGAAUGGAAUUGGUCGCGCGAGCGCGCACCAAUUCGCCAACAACGGCGCCAAGGCCGUUUACAUUUGUGACUAUGUCGACUCGCAUCUAGCCACGCACAAGCGUGAAAUGGAGUCGCUGUAUCCCGGUGUGGACGUCCACGUGCGCCAAUUCGAUGCCGGUGACGAGAAGGCUGUCAUUGCUGUCAUUGACGAUGCAAUUUCCACGUAUGGGCGGCUAGAUAUCUUUUUUGCGAAUGCUGGCAUUGUUGGACAGCCCAAGAUUUUUACCGAGAUUGAUGCCGACGGGUUCAUGCAGACGAUGAAGACGAAUGCUCUGGGUGUGUUCCUGGCCGCCAAACACGCCGCCCCAGCCAUGAAAGUGACAUCCGAGAGCAAGCCGUACCCCAGCGGAUCCAUCAUCCUCACUGCCUCGGUGGCAGGUCUCCGGUCCAACGCCGGCUCAACCGACUAUUCCGCCUCCAAGGCUGCAGUGGUCUCGAUUGCCCAGACAUGUGCCUAUCAACUCACCGGCACGGGGAUUCGUGUCAACGCCAUCUGCCCCGGCCUGAUCGAGACGGGAAUGACCCAGUCGGUCUUUGACCACGCCCGCAAGCGUGGCACUGAACGUAAGAUCGGCCAGCUGAACCCCAUGCAGCGGGGUGCUGUGGCUGAUGAGGUCGCGCGGGUGGCCUUGUUCCUGGGAAGUGAUGAAAGCAGCUAUGUGAAUGGUCAGGCCUGGGCAGUUUGUGGUGGUCUGAGUGCUGGUCAUCCGGUUGUACCUGGCAAGCUUGCGUAG